GUUUUUUCCUUACAACAUCAUAUCAUACGCCUGUAUGUUUUACUUUAUUUACUUAAACUGUGACUAAUAUUUUAAAGAAUGUCCUCGAUAAAGACAGGGGAGCUACUAAACUUUCAAGAUUAUUCACCAGAACACAAUGAUAGGAGUGCACGAUUAGAAGUAGAGGCAGUGCAAUCGCAUCAAUACACUAGCUCGAUGUCAAACCCGAAUUACACGUAUGAUGAACCUAGAUUAAACAAUGAAGAGCCUGAAACACCUCCACAAACAAAUCACAAUUUCUGGACCAUAGAGUAUUAUCAGAAAUACUUUGAUGUCCACACACAUGAGGUGGUGGAGCGGAUAAUAUCUUCAGUGGUGCCGCAGAAAGUGUCCCGUGACUUUGAUGAGAGGAUCAAGGGCAAACCCGACUUGUAUGGGCCAAUAUGGAUAUCUGUUACUUUGAUCUUCACAAUAGCAGUAAGCGGCAACAUAGCCAGCUACCUCCAAUCCGCCAACAAGGCCGUUCACUGGCGCUAUGAUUUCCACCUUGUCUCGUACGCCGCCACGGCUAUCUUCUGCUAUGUGUGGCUGGUGCCUAUUGCAUUGUGGGCCGCUCUCAAGUGGACCACGGUGUCAGAUGGACAGGAUGAGAUUGAGACUCAGACCUCAACAACACCAACCAUGAUGUCUCUCUUCUGUCUCUACGGCUACUCCCUCUCCAUUUACAUCCCCGUGGCCAUCCUCUGGACCAUCCAAGUCUCCUGGCUGCAAUGGCUCUUCGUCCUCAUGGCCACCUUGGUUUCCGGAGCAGUCCUCAUCUUCUGGCUCAUGCCCGCUUUAAGAAAAUCCAAGUACUACUUAUUGUUGAUAGGAUCGAUCAUUGGAUUUCACUUCUUAUUGGCCACUGGGUUUAUGCUGUACUUCUUUCAUGUGCCGAGUGCGCACGUGGUGCCGACGGUCGCUCCGUCGACGGUGGCGCCGUAAGUUUGUGAUAUUUGACGGGUUUUGUUGUAAAUUUAAGUAUAGUCUGACAGGAAAUUGUAGAAAUUAAAAAAGGAAUUGUAGUGUCGAUGUCGUCCCGUUUUCUUAGGCCGCCUUUACACCUGUAAGUUACUUACGUAAAUCUUUCGUAAGCAACUUAUAGUUCCAUUUACGCUUAUGAAAAACUUCUCGUAAGUUUUGAUUACGGAAGUUUUGUAAUUUUCAAUUUACCGAAAGUUUACAUUGUUGGAACCAACAAAAGUUGAAAA